UGUAGCCUGUGAGUGGCAGCUCCUGAAGCCUGUGCACCUAGAGCCUGUGUUCUGCAACAAGAGAAGCCCGCACACCACAACUAGAGAGGAGCCCCUGCUCACUGCAGCCAGGGAAAAGCCCCCACAGCCACAAGGGUCCAGCACAGCCAUAAAUAAAUAAAAUUUAAAAGAGAAAAUGGCCCAAGUCUAAAAGCAUAAUUGGUUAUUUCCAUAGAACAUAACGUGUCAGUCAAGUUGGUGUUCAUUUAAGAAAGCUACAUUUAACUGUUAAGAGGUGAAUGAACAAACAAAUGUGCUUUACCCACUCGAUGGAACAAUAUUCAGCUAUAAAAAGGAAUGAAACACAGAGGCUAGUACAUGGCUGAACCUUGAAAAUGUGGUGCCCAGUGAAAGAAGCCAGACAUAACAUGCCACGAGUUGAAUGAUUCCAUUUCUAGGAAGUGUCACAAAGAGGCAAAUCCAUGGAGACAGGAAGCAGACCACUGGGGACCAGGGACUGGGGUGACGGAAAUGAAGAAUGACUGCUUGGGGAGGGUGGGGGUAUCUUUCACGGUGAUGAAAAUGUUCUAAAAUCGGUGCUGGUAUUGGUUAUACAAGCCUGUGGGUGUACCAGAACUACUGAAUUGUGUACUUUCAAUGGGAGAGUUGUAUGACCUAUCUCAAUGCACGUGUGCUCAGUCAUGUCUCUUUGUGACCCCAUGGACCGUAGCCGGCCAGGCUCCUCUGUCCAUGGGAUUUUCCAGGCAAGAAUACUAGAGUGGUUUGCCAUUUCCUUCUCCAGGGGAUCUUCCCAACCCAGGGAUCAAACCUGCGUCUCCUGCACUGGCAGACGGAUUCUUUACCAUUCUGCCACCCAUCUCAAAGGGGUUUGUAAAAAAGCACAUGUGGGGCUUCCCUGGUGGUCUAGUGGUUAAGACUCUGUGCUUCCACUGCAGGGGACAUGUGUUCGAUCCCUGGUUAGGGAAGUUCCCUGCAUGUCGCAUGUCAUGAGUUGCAGCCAAAAAAGAAAAAAAAAAAAAAGGAAAGCACACUUAUUGUGGAAGCAGGUGCAUAAGAGGAGGGGCUAGUCCAUGAGACCUGCAGGGGCUGAAAGAGGUGGUAGCUGAGGAGCUCGGCUGCCUGCAGCCCAAAAACCAGGGGGUGCCGGUGGAUGGCAGGGAGCCUGGGAGUAUGUGUGAGUGGACCCUCAGGCUUCCCAGAAGACUUGCCGUGCUUCUGUGCUGGUGGUCCUCAUGUGUGCAGGAGGGAGGCCUUGGGCCUGAAGCAUGGAAAUAAGACCCCUCAGCUGCGGAGAGCCAUUUCUGAGGCUAGGCUGGCCCUUCUGUUUACUUUGCCCACCCUAACUAAGUACUGGGAAUAACAAACCCCAAAUCAGACCUCAGAACUCAAUAUGGUGGUGAUGGUUGCAUAAUGUCAUGAAUGUACUCAAUGCCACCAAAUUACCACUUUCAAAUGGCUAAAAUGAUAAAUGUUAUGUUCUAUCCAUUAGACCACACACAAAAAAGGGCCAACCAUGCUACACUGCCUUCUGCCCCAAGAGCUCUAUUUACAAGACUUGAAGAGGCAAAUCUUUUUCUUUUUUUCCUAGACAGAAAAGGGAUUUUUUUCCCCCUCACUGAUCAGAAGCACCCCCUUCCUCCCUCCCUCCUGGGGCUAAGAACUUUUUUAGAGGCUUCUGAUUGGCUGGGUCUUUGCCCUGGAAGCCCCCUCCUCCCCUUCCCAUCCCCUGCUUGCUGGGAGAGUGGAUUGAAGCUGAACCCUCUCCUUUGGGAGAGAAGGCUCCUUUCUGGACUGUUUGGAGUUGCCCUGCAGAGAAAGGCUGGUGGCGUGGGGCUCCCUUGGGCCAGCGGCAAUGCCAGCGCUCCUGGGCUUCCUUGGUCUGGUCCUGUUCUGGGUGCUCGUGCCAGCGACUGCAGGGAAAAUGCCAGACUCGCUGGUGGGGCAGGCGGCCUCCUGCAUGACUUCCUGCACAGGGUCAGCUGAUCCUUACCUCCCUGUGGGCACCAGAUACAUCUAUCACUUUUCCACUAACACCAGCACCAGCCUGCAGGGGGCCCAGGUGGAGGGGAGUGGCCUUGGUCUGCAAGGCUUGGUCACCCUUGAUGUGCUUGGCCCUUGCCAGAUGGCCUUACAGCUCCAGCACUUCCAGCUGACAUCCAUCCUGGGGUCCAAGGUGGUAGUUCUGAAGCAGUCGGAGAAUUUGAGCGCUGUCCUGGGCCGGGAGCCGCUGCGCUUCGUCCUGCAAGCGGGGCGCGUGGUCCGCCUGUGCCCCCGACGAGCCGAGCCGCGCUGGGCCCUGAACGUGAAGCGGGCGGUGCUGAGCCUCUUGCAGGGUCAUCCGGGUGUCCGCGACCCCCACACCGUGGAGGAGGUGGACAUCCUGGGCAGGUGUCCCACCACGUACCAGCAACUCGGAAGCAGGCUGCACAAAACCAAGGCCCUGGCGCGGUGCUCCCUGCGCAGGGUGCGCGCCUCCCUGCGCUCGCAGGCCCUGCCCGCCACCGAGGAGCAGUCCGGCCUGGCCUCCCGUCUGACCUGCAUCCAGAGUUUGCAGGCCGGCGUGCUGCGGGAGGCCUCCUGCACGCAGCUGGACACCGCAGGGCCCCUCUCCAGGGAGGCAAGUGCUGCACUGAUGUGGACCUUUUCCUCGCUCUCCCUGCUGCAGGAGGUACCCCUGGACCCAGCUGUCACAGAACGUCUCACCUCAGAUUCAGAUGGUGGAGACUUAACCCCGAGCAGCUUGUUGUACGAGUGGGAGGAGACCCCAUCCCAAGCCACGGUGGCCGCAGGGGCUGCAUCAGUGAGGAGGCUGUGCCUGGCUCGGGCCACAAGCUUUGAGGCCACAGAACUGUUCCUGACUUUGGUGUCUGAGCUCCGAGGCCUCUCUGCGGAUGAGCUCAUGGAACUCUGGGGACUUUCUUUUAAAUGCCGAGACAACUGGCAGCCGCUGGUGGAUGCCCUGCCCUCCUGUGGCACCGAGGCCUGCGUGGGCCUCAUGGCAGAGCUCAUCAUGUCUGGGGAGGUGGAGGCAGACGAGACAGAGGCGUGGCUCUGGUCGCUGGCCUUCAUCCCGGAGCCCACAGAUGCUAUGGUCCGCGCGCUGCUGCCUCUGCUGCAGACUCCGGGGGCCAGCUCCAGCGCCUUCCUGGGCAUCUCAGCUCUGGUGCACAACCUGUGUGUGUCUCUGGACGGGCCCUGUGAGCAGUUGUCUGGUGUCAGCUCCCUCGUGAGUAUCCUGGGAGAUGCCGUGGGUGCCAACUGCACCUUCCGGGAGCCCUCAGACGCUGAUCAGCUCCUGUUCGUGCUGAAGGCCAUUGGCAACGCUGGCCGGGCAGCCACGGCUCUCACCCCCAAGCUGAGCGCUUGUGCCUCCCUGGGGAGCUGCCCCCCUGAGAUCCGGCUGGGGGCCAUCCAGGCCUUCCGGAGGGUUCCCUGCUCUGCGGAUCGAUCCGUGCUCUCCAGCCUGUACCAAAACGCCGAGGAGGAUUCUGAGAUCCGCAUCAAUGCCUACCUGGCCCUGAUGAGGUGCCCGGGAGAGGAGGUGUUUGCCCAGGUGUGGCGUACCCAGGCCGGAGAGCAGUCCACCCAGGUGGGCUCCUUUGUGUGGAGUCACCUCCUGCAGCUGUUGGAGACGGACGACCCCUUGAAACAGAGCCUCCGGGAAGCUGUCCCUCAAGACAUUCUUAGCCGGGAGUUCCAUCCAGAGGUGUGGAAACACUCGUCCUACUCUGACGUCACCUUCCGCUCAGCAUCAGGCAGCCUGGGAGCCAACCUGGAGGGGACCCUUCUCUUUUCUCCAGCCUCCUUCCUCCCCCGUUCUGCCACAGCCAACCUGACCAUCCAUGCUCUUGGUCAUGCCUUCAACCUCCUGGAGUUGGGGCUCCGGCUGGAAAAUGCUGAGGAAAUGGCCCGCAGGCUGUUUGGCCCCAAGUCAUUCUGGGGGCAGGAAGAGGAGAGACAAGCCCAGGCGAAGGAGCCCCCAGAGGCAGAGCCAGGGCCCACACUGCAGCCGGCCGACCCCGCCUGUACAGGAGAAAGGUCCAGAAAGAUGAGAGACUUGCAGCAGAAGGUGGCCCGGAGUCGCGGGGAGCGGCAGGCGCUGAAGUGUCAGCUGAGCAUGAAGGUGUUCGGGCAUGAGUUGAGCUUUGUCAACUGUGGGGCGAUGGGGAGCCACGUGACGCGCCAGUCCCUGAAUCUGGCUGAGCUUGCCAUCAAACUCCUGAAGGGCCAGGAGGUGCAGGCGAACCGGAGGCUGAACCUGGUGAUGGAGGAGCUCACCUUUCCCACCAUGUCUGGCCUCCCAGCCCGGUUGACCCUCAAUGUCUCGGCUGCCGUCAGCAUCCGGGUCCGAGGGACAGCCGACUUCCAGCAGCACUCAGAUUUCUCUGUGAAUGGUUACGUCAAGCCCAGCGUGCUGCUCCAGAUCUCUGCACAGAUGGGCACAGUGGGUGCCCUGGGGCAUGCCGGGCUGAGGUGGGUGACUGGUGUCCGCGGAACCGCCAGCCUGGAUGGUGGGAUCCAGGCGAGGAAGGGCCAAGACCUCAGGGUGCAUCUGAAUACACCAGAAGAGGGCGUGGAGCUGUUCCGCUUCAGCUCUCAGCUGUAUCUCGUCACUGGGGAUGGUGUGAGGAGCCUCAAUCACAUUCCCAGCCCUUCCAAGGCCCAGUCCUGUACCAGUAAGGAAGCAGCCCACACCUGGGGAUGGCAGGUCUGCACUGAGGUGCGCUGGCCGGCGCCCGACCAGCCCUCCCUGCUCUCGGUGCCUGUGUUCGCAGCCGUGUCGCUGAAGAAGCAGGACCGCGGGCUCCAACAGUAUCUGCUGGAAGCUGCCUACACCCUCCACCCCCAGAAGGACUGCUGGCUCCCUCAAGAAGCCUCAGCUCACAUCUUCAUGGGCACGCCCGGAUCGGAAGUGCCCAGGGACGUUGGGGUGGACAUCAGCUACAGCUGGCUUCAGGGGAAGUUCCGUCUCAAGCUGCUCCAUCCCAAGAAGAGAAUCGAGCUUGAUGGAAAGAUCGAGACUGUCCAGAGGGCCCGCAUGGGUCACCUGGAGUUGAUCCUGGAUGAAAGGGACGUCUACUACAUCAAGGGCCAGAGCAACCUGUGGCCAGCAGUGGGCGGCGAGGCCCAGCGGUUUGAGGCCCAGCUGGAGGUCAAACUGGUGACAUCGGGCAGCCCUGUGGUCCUCGCCGGAAACCUCAGCCGGCAGGCAGGCAGCCGGUUGGCCUUCUCUGUGUCACUGAGCAACUUGCUGGGUGAUGAGGCCCGCGUGUCAGCGCUGCUGGAGAAGAAGGUGAAGGACGGGCUGCAGGUGGUGUCCCUGGGUGGUGAGCUCUUUGUGCCGGGGCUCGUGGGGCUGCGUGCCCUGGGCCAGCUGCAGCGGCUGGGCCACCUCUGGACCAGCUACCUGAGGAUCAAGUAUGGCCUCCGGGGUCAGGCCAAGCAGCUGGCUCAGGAGUGCAGCACCAGCCAGAAGCUGUGGGCAGAGAGCGGCUCAGAGGCCGCCUACAAGCUGGAGCUGAACCACAAACUCCACUGCACGCAGAUCCCAGCUUUCAGUCACAAGGUCCAGCUGCAGCAGGACGAAGGCUCGGGCCACCUGCGCUGGGAGCUGGAGGCGAGCUACGGGAAGCACUGGGAUGACAGCCGCAACAGGAGGCGCCUCCGCAUCCUCCACACCUUCCAGAAUGACUCGGGCCCAGCCCUGAGCAGUCACUUCCUGGAGUUUGUGCUGCAGGUACUGGAGAGGCAGGUGGAUUACCGAAUGCAGCUGCACCACCUGAGCCUCCGCCAUCCCCAUGUGGAGACGAGCACACACCUGAAGGUGCAGUACAACGGGCGGCUGCCCUUCGUGGCGGGCUUGCAGUGGAAGGACACGUCCCGGGCCACCCUGUGGAAGUGGGAAGGAGCCUUGAACCUGAAUAGUCCCUGGCUGAUGGUCUCCACGGCUCACAGGCUGUACUGGCCUAACCGAGCCAUGUUCCAGGCUGUGUUGGAGCUGACUCUGGGCAAGGCCUGGACCCUCAAGAAUUUGGUGAUGAACGUGGCCUGCAGGGGCCAGGGCCUCCAGAAGCAGGGCAAGAUCCACGUCUACACCCCGGCUACCACUUACCUCCGGGUUUCCACGGUGACAGCCUUGGCACAGAGCCUCUUUAGCAGCCGGAGUGAAAUAGAAUCAGCCUGGAGCGAAGCGGUGCAGAGCGAGAUUCAUGCUGAGAACAGCCGAGACCGUAAGAUCCUGCGCUGCUGGUUGAAGGGCCCCCAUCGGGAGCUGAACCUAACGGCAGCCUAUAGGCACACGGAGCAGCCAUGGAAGAGUCAUGUAUCGCUGACGGCUCUGGGGACCGGUGCCAGGGGCCAUCCUGAGGGCCUGCAGCUGGAGGGCGUACUGGAGGAGCUGGUUCAAGACAGGAGCUUGUACCGGAAGCAGGGAACCUUCUCCCUUCUGCACCCCUGGACCGUGCCCCUCCCGCAGCGCAUCCUCCUGCAGGAGACCUUCACGGCCGACAGGCGGCACCAGCGUUACUCCCUGGAGACCAGGGUGGUCCUCGGUGCCCAGGAGGAGACCCUGCAGACCGUGGUCCUGGGCUACCAGGCCGGGCACCCCUAUGUCUGCGCGGGCCUGACCCACCCGUACGACGGCAUGGCCAUCCCCAGGAGCUUGGACGGGUGCGUGGUUUUGUGGAAUCGGCACGUGGCUAAGAACAGAGGUGUCGAGGCCACUCUGAAAGUCAACCAGAAAGUCUUGCUGCACCUGAAGGCUCUGCACCAUGACAGAUCGCGGCAUGGUGAAGUCUGGCAUAACCUGGCCCUGGACGUGGCUCACUCCUUCCAGCUGAGGUUUCCCCAGGCCCUGAAUGUGGACGGGGACAUUGUCUUCAGACAGAGUCACAAGGGAGCAUUUGACUGUGGUGUGGAUGCACGAGCUACCAUCAACCGCAACGUCACGUCCCAGGUCUCGGUCCAGCUGAACGGAUCUGACUCCCAUUCGGUGGUUUCCUUCCAGCUCAGACGUCCCCGUGGACCCAUGUUUCCUCCAGACUUGCAGGUGCAGGCGGCUGCCGCGCGCUACAGAGAGCGCAGCGUCAACGGCUCCCUGUCUGUGCACGUGUCUGGCGAGGAGCUGGUUCUGCUGGAGGCCAGUGCUAGACAGGACAGCCGAAGGAACACCCGGGGCUGGGGUAUGAGUGUCCUCCUACACCAGGAGAUCCUCAGAGCCCCCAGGGCUCUUCAGCUGCAGCUGUCCAGCAAGGUCGCCCCAGCCAGGAUCUGGCUGUUUUCCAAAGCCCUGCUGGACCAGAGCACAGUGCAGCUCUUCCUCAAGGCCUCUGAGGAGCAGAGAGGAGGCCGGGUCCUGACCCUGCGGAGCCAAGCCCGGCACACAGUGGCUGCCUGGGCAGCCCUGCCCCGUCUUCUGACCCUCGUGGGCGUGCUGAAGCAGAAGGAGGUGCUCAGAGAAGGUACUGUCAAGGUCACUGCCGACUCAGCCGUGCUGGGAUUCCUCUUGCGGGACAAGCACGAGAGGGCAGGGAACAGCACCAGCAUGCACAGUGUGACCUGCAUCCUUGCCCAGAACAGCAGCCAGGCCUUGCCAGGAGAGCUCCGGCUGAGUGGGCGGCUGCAGGCCCAGACGGGGAGCCUCGGGGGCCAGGCCAGCCUCCGUGCUGACACGGCCAGCCUGGCUCUGGGUGGGGUCUGCACCUGGGACCCCGGGCACAGCCAGCUCUCUGGCAGCCUGAGUCACAACAUCAGCGCUUUGAGUGAGGCAGGGCUCUCCUCCGAGGCAGGGAUACUCUUGUCACACACCCACGUCGCUUCCAACUUCUCAGUGCGCGUGAUGCUGCGAAGUUCCGGGGGUCAGCUGGACGCGGCCCUUGACCUGGAGGGCGUGGCCACCAGCGCACCCGGCAGCCAGCUCCGCGCCAGCCUCCACCACACGGUGCCCAGCCUCGGGCGCUGGGGCCUCCCCUUCUCCGUGGACGGCCGUGGACACUUGCAGCUGGAGGGACCCAGUCUGGAGGCGGGGUUGGUGGUGAGCGUGGAUGGCGAGGAACUUGGUGGAGCCAAGGAGAGGAGGGGAGCAGGUGACCGUCGGGAGCUGACCCUGGGGCUGCACCCCAGCCUCGUGAGCCUCCAGCAGAAUCCAGCUGUGCUGACGCUGAACGGCUCCUUCCUGGUGCACACCUUUGGGGCCAGACUGGUGGCUCAGGUAUCGUCUGGGGACACCUUCGCCCGAGCCCACAUCCACUCAGCCUGCGGCCACCGUGCUCAUCUGGACACUGGCCUCCAGCACGCGUGGCCUCCACUUCAGGCACUGGGAGUCCCCUCCAACAACCACAUCCGAGUGUCCGUGGGGGGAGAUGAACCCCCCCGGGCCCAGCUGGAGGUAGCCCUGGGCCUGUGCACCCUGACCGCCCGUGGGGACUUCAGAUCAGAGGCCAGCGUCACACACAACUGGACCCUGGCCUUGGUGAAUCACUGCCCUCUGCUGGAGGCGACAGGAAUCCCGCAGGCCCUGCGCUCCGAGGGCAGCCUAAGCUGGGGCCCCUGCGAGUUCGACCUGACCACGGACUUCCAUAGUGACCGUGGAGAUGCCCACCUGCAGUUGGCCCGUACCUGCGGGCCCCAGACCUUGGUCCUGGGGCACCUGACCCACUCCCUGCCCCUCCUGGGCCAACUGGGCCUGCCAUCCUGGAGUGCCAUCAGCCUGACCGUCCAGCCUGGCCCCACCCCCCGCAGCUCCCUGUCCCUCCAGAUGGGGCCGUGCCGGCUGCUUGGUGCCCUGGAGCAACACACUGAGAACGAGAGCACAUGGACGCUGGCCACCGAGCCGGGCUGCCCACUGCUGGAGCAGGGCCUGGGCCCCCCAGCAGAGACACAGCUCAGCGACUCCCUGCAGGCCUUGGGUGGGGAAGCAGAAGCAUCAGGGGUCCUUGCAGCGGCCAGCCAGACUGCUUCCUUUACCUUGGCGGUGACCUUGCACCCAUCCGAGGCCACACUCCAAGCGAAACUGAGGCCCACGCUGCCUGCACCUGCGCUUCCCCCGGAGACCUCGCUGACCGUCCAGUGUGGGUGGGAGGCCGGGCACCGGCUGCGCCUGGAGCUGCACACGGGGGCCUGUGAGCUUCAGGGCAGUGGUGAGCUGCAGCUGGACCGCCGGCUGCAGUGGCGGGCGGUGGCCGAGAGCUCCUGCGAGGGCCUGCAGGCCCUGGGGGUCCCAGGCCGAGUCAACAGCUCCGGCUACAUUGUGGUGAACUCCACGGCCGUGGACGCUCAGGUGCUGGUCACCGUGGAUGCCAGCACGCUACGGGGGCUGCUUGUCCUCAGUGCCACCGAGACCCAGCAGGAGGUGAACUUGCUGCUCACACACAACCUGCCUCAGCCCAACCCCUUGGCCCUCCCAGCCCAGAUCCUGCUGUACCUGACCAACGAGAGGCUCGGGCCCAGCUACAGACACACCCUGCGGGUCGGAGUGGAUGGCAAAGAGGUCUCCGUGGAUGUUGCCAGCAGCGGCUGUGGCUUUGAGAAUUCAGGACGCGUCUCCUCAGGGUCCACAUCUCUGAACUACUCCGUGAGCUGCCGUGUCCGUGAUGGGCGCCUGGAGUUCUCUGGUUGGAGCGAGCACAACAGCUGGGCCCUGCGGCAGGCGGGGUUCCCGGGAGAGGCCCGCCUCGGCGCCGAGCUGCAGAUGCAGAAGACCCAGACGCAGGCCCGUGUGGUCCUCCGAGGUGGGGACGAUGGGAUCAACAUGGACGCGGCAGCCCUGGUGGCCCGGCCAGUGAAUGGCCCCCUGGAGCUGGUGGUGAAUGUCAGCCACACGGCACCUCUUCUCCGGAGGCUGGGCCUGCCCUUUGCCAGCCAGCUCUUGUUCCGGGAGCUCUGGGAAAAGGAAGAGAUGCAUUCUUCCCUGCAGCUGACAUGCGAUUCUCAAACCAGCCUGGUCCUCAACAUCCAAGGCCACAACCAGGCACUCAGCAAAGAGCUGCAGCUCUCCGGCCGGCAUCACCUCCCCGUCCUCCUCGGCCGCUGCCCCAGCAGAGCCUCCACCUCAGCCAAGCUACGAUACUCUGAGGGUGGAGCCGAGGGCACAUUUGUGUUGAUGGUGGAGGAGCAUCAUUUCCACAUGGGCGCCAGGCUCGCAGCUGCUAAGAACAGCCUUACCAACAUCAUCAAGCUGGAGCAGACCUUCCCCCAGUUCCACGCCCUUCCUGGGGAGCUGGUCCUUCAGACCUCAUACGAGCGAGCCCAUGGCACCCAAGUCCUGCACCACGUGGUGCUGUGGGACGGGCAGGGCGUGGCCCUCAAGGGGAGCCUCAAUGGGAGCCUCUCCAUGCCCUUCCUCAAGCCCGCUGGGACUCUUGGUCUGCAGGUGGAGCUCACCCACCUGCUGCUCCUGCCCCUGCCACGGCACUGCAGCUUCCGCCUGACCUCCGAGCAUUCAACACGCCGUCACCAGGAUGACCUGGUUGUGGGCUGGGACGGCAAGGACCAGGUGGCGCUGUCCUCCUCUCUGCGGCUGGGGAAGGGCAAGCUGGCCGCCCGCCUGGCCCUGGCUCACCCCUUCAGCCUCUCCUGGCGGCAGGCCGAGGCCAGUGGCCUUGCUGAGAGCAGGGGCGGCAGGCAGAGCCGGCAGGUGCAGCUUGCCUGGAACGGAGGGCAGCCGCUGGCCUUGCAGCUCACCUGGGCCAACAGGUCCUCGACGCAGAGCACCUCCUGGGAUGGUUGCGUGGCUGCCUCCCUGGGGCAGCUCCAGGACACCUGGGGCCUGGGCGCCCUCAGGGCCUGUGGGGCCUUAACACAGACCCCAGCUGUGCUCAGCGAGUGGCUGGAUCUGUUUUGGGACGGACGCCAGGUGCGGCAGAACCUGACUUACGAGAGGCGCCAGCCAUCCCUCCCGGACAAGAUCCAUGCAGAGGCCAUGCUGGAGCACGUCCUCGGGGCCGCCUGCUCCACACACAGCUUCUGGGGAGACGUGGAGACAGACCAUGCCCGCUGGGUGCGCCACUCCCUGCGGCUGGGGCUCUGCCACCUGCCCACGGCACUCUCAGUCUCUGGGGAGCACACCCUGGGCAGCGGUGAGCUCCUGCUACACUCCAGAUGCCAGCUGGGCCUCGCCCCAGACCCAGAUCACGGCCUGCACCUCAGCCUGAUGCUCCGCAACCACAGCAGGCCCCGGAGGCGUGACUACUUUGGGGAGCUGGAGCUCCAUGGCCCCAAAGCUCAGUGGCUUGGCCUGCUGGGCCGCGUCUCCACCUCGGCUUCUCAAAGCCUGGUCCAGCUGGAGGGAAGCGUGGACAACGGGGAUGAGAAAGUGAGGCUGUCAGUGUCUCGGGCCCCGAACUGCCUCCAAGCCUCGGUGGCCCACGAGGAAGGUGAGUACAGGCGCUGGGUGUGGCUCGGUGGGGCUCAGCUUGGCCCAGGAGAAGUCAGAGAUUGGGGUGCUGCGAGCUCAAAAGUCAAAGGCAACCCUGGUAGGGCUUUGUGGCCCCCCCAGCCAGGAGGAGAGGAGCUCUUCAUGGCCACCUGGAUCUGGAUCAGAGGGAGCCAAGAGGAGAGCGUGCUGCUGCGGGCCUGCGCCCACAGGCAGGCGGCGGAGGUGGAGGCUCUGCUCCGGGACCGAGGGCAGCCCGUCCAGCCGCUGGUUCGCUUGACCCUGCAGGCUGCCAACCAGAGCCUCCGCUUGGCCGCACGCGGCUGCCAGGGGACCCUGCUGGGCCAUUUGGAGUCCAGGGUGGCUGCUCUCGGGUCCCAGAUGCAAGCGGGGCUGGAGGAGAGGAUCCACAGCUUGGACGCCUACGUGAGACGGUUCCAGCGCCUGGUGCAGCCAGCGGGCGCCCUGGAUGGCAUGGCCAGCCUGCUUCUGCGGCUGUGCCAGGCGGGGCUGGGGGCCGUGCAGGACGGCGGCCGGGCGGUGGCCGUGCUGUGGGGCCUGAGCCCCGCUGGGCGGGCGCUCACCCUCCACAUGCCGCUCUCCCUGGAGAGGCUGCGGGUGGGUCUGGAGCAGCUGCGGAAGGAGCUAGAACGGCCCCUGGCCACGCUGAAGGACGCCUACCUGGAGGUGACGGUGCAGCCCCUGGACAACGUGUGGCGGGAGCGGGCGGAGGAGGCCCUGCGGCAGCUGCAGGCCUGGGUGUCCGGGACACCGGGCACCUGGGGGUCCGGGCCCCUUGGGGCAGCGCUGGAGGCCACAGGGGGCGCCCUGGAGCUGGCCGCCCACCAGAUGCUGUCUUGGGCCGACGCUGCGCUCUCACGGGCACUGAGGCGGCUCUGCAGACUCCUGUUGGACCUGUACAGCUUCUCGGCCAGGGACCGCGAGGUGGUGGUAAUGCUGCCGAUGCUGCCGGCAGGGGAUGAGCCCCUGGAUGUGGCCCGCGUGACCAGCCACCUGGUGGAAGAGCUGAUGUUGCAGCCACUCCGAGCGCUGUAUGGGACUAACGUGCUGGCCGAGUACCACCGGCUCAAACGCGGCCUGCUGGGGGCCCCCUCUGGAUACCACGCCGUGGUGGCCGGGGCCAGGUAUGUGGUGACAUUUGACGGCCAGGUGUGGGGCAUCGGUGACCACUGUGGCAGCCUGCUGCUGGCCCAGGACUUUGCUCACGACACAUUCUCGCUGAUGCUAACCCGGACGGGCUCGGGGCUCACAUCGCUGACCGUGGGGCUGAAUCACACCAUCCUCGCCCUCUACCCCAGCCUGAAGACCUACAGGCUGUACAGCAACUCCCUGCCCAGGGAGAGCUGUCUGGACAGGGACCUGCCUCCUGCCAAGACCAGGAAGGACGACCCCAGGAUUGAACUGACCAGUGAGGAUGGCAUCUCCAUCACCUGUGAUGUCCCCGCCGGCCUCUGCAGCCUGACUCUGAGCGUCUGGCAGCACGGCCUGUCCGCCGGCCUCCUGGGCACCAAUGACAACGAGGCCAGCAAUGAGCUGAUGCUGCCGGACGGCACGGUGGCCAGCAGCCUGGAGGAGUUCGCCCUGGCCUGGCAGGUGGCUGGUGACUGCAGAGCCGUGGAGAAGACUCGGCCGGCAUGCCCGGAACAGAGCCCCACCUGCCGAGCCUUCUUCCACGACCCCCACUCCAGCCUGGCGAGCUGUUUCGGAGUGGUGGACCCAACACCCUUCCUCAGCCUGUGCGCCCGGGACACCUGUGGCACCCAGGAGCGCCAGCCUGCUUGCACCCUGGCCGCCGCCUACGUCCACGUAUGUGCCAGGGGCUUCGUGCCUGUGGAUCCGCCUCCACAGUGCGGCUCAGGAGAUCAGACAUCACCCAGUUGCAGAGGUCAAGGUGGUCAGCUCUGGAGGAUCCUGAUGAAGGGACUGACCUGCUAAAACUGGACAAUGAAGACAUGCUCACGGAAGCCCAAAAGUCAGGACCUAGCUGAGAAGAGUUCUCAAGGAGCCUGAGUAGAGUCUGGUCAAGGAGAAAGUCUUUCUCCAAGACUUUGGGAUGCUAGAAUUAAAGAUUAUCAAAGAUAAGCACAAUUCCAGAACUGAUUUCUAGAAAUGAAAAAUUAUUCACAGAAAUUUAUGACAACACAUUAUUGAACCAGGAGAUUUUUCCAGAAACCAAUGCCUGGGGCCGGCAGUUUGUUAUGUAAGUGAAUAUUGAUAGGUGUCAAUAUUCUAUAACAACAUUUUAUAACAUCUAGGUAACAAAAACAUAUUAAUUCAUCUCUAGUCAGUAAGUUGUUAAUAGCAAGAGAGAAAAUUAACUGGAAAAUAUGAGAGGAGGAAGUUGAAGUGAGAAUUUUAGAAUGAGAAAGUUCUCAGGUCCAAGGAGCACAGUGGGACUCCCCCGGCAGUCCAGUGGUUAAGACUCCGAGCUUCCACCGCAGGGCACGUGGAUCUGACCCCUGGUCAGGGGACUAAGAUCCCACAUGCUGUGUGGCGCACCCAGCCCCCACAAAAAAGCAGUGUUUCCCAAACACUGUAAAUAAACCUCUACCAUGGCGCACGGGACUGUGGAGAACCCAAGCAGAGGUCCUCAAAGCCACCACAAUGAAUGGAAAAGAGGUGAUUUUUCAAGGGACAGAGAACCAUUCUCUUACCAGCAAUGACAGAAGAUGGUGGAAUAAGUCUUUACAGCAUUAAGAGAAGAUAAUUGUCAACUUAUAUUCUAUGCCCAGUUCAGGUGAUAUUUAAGAUGGGACACUUCCAGCACUGGACUGCCUGAAAAUGUCAUUUGUGAGUUGUCCGUUAGUGCUAAGGGACACGGCCGUGCACAUUCAUUCACUUGCUGUUUGUGGCUGCUUUUGUGCUAUGAUGCGGAGUAUUUGUGACCAAGACUCUCCAGCCACAAAGCCUAAAAUAUUUACUAUCUGGCUUUUUACAGAAAAUGUUGGCUGAUCCCUGGUGUAAACCAAGGAAAGCAGAAGGAAAUUAAUGAAUUAGGAAGAAGUGAACAAUAGAAUGGUUCAAGAGAGAAAAAAAGAGAUGCACAAAUAAAUAGUACUGGGAACAAGGAGUCAAAAUGACAGGUUUCAAAAGGGGACUCAACUUUGCUGAUAAAUUUCAAAACAAAGUAUUUCCCAGAAAAAUACAAUCUGCCCAAACUGAUUGGAGUAGGAAUAUUAAAAAUCUAAAAGCAUCUCAUAGCUGUUCAAUUCACUGCAUUUGUAGGCUGAAAUGUACCUCUGAAAGACAACAGGUACAGUUUAGUGAAGAGUUGUUAGACAUGACACCAAAAGCCUGAUUCAUAAAAAAGAAAAAAAAUUCAGUAAAUCAGACUUCAUCAAAAUUGUCUGCUGUUGCCUGUCAAAAGAAUGGAAGAACAAAAUCCUGGGAGAAAAUACUUGCAAACCACAUACCUGACAAAGGACCCAUAUCUAGAAUACACAAACAACUCUCAAAAUUUAACAGUGGAUGAACCUAGAGCCUGUUAUGCAGAGUGAAGUAAGUCAGAGAAAAACAAUAUCAGAUAUUAAUGCAUACAUAUGGGAGCUAGGAAAAAGGUACUGGUGAACCUAUCUGUAGGGCAGGAACAGAGACACAGAGAGCAGACUUGUGGACACAGCAGAGGAAGGACCAAUGGAGAGUAGCACUGAUGUAUAUACACUACCCUAUGUAAAUAGCUAGCUAGGGGGAAGCUGCUGCAUAGCACAGGGAGCUCAGCUCAGAGCUCUGCG